AAGCUCACCAGUACCGCAGUAGAAUUGGUUCUCAAGAUCAUGACUAUUUUUAACGAUUUCCACUGCCAUGGCCGUAGGUAUACUACGUCACUAAAUGUGAUCUAGUAAACUUGUUCAUUUCACAGACGCGUCCCGUCACCAGCGUCCGUUGAUGAGAAAUCGGCGAUUGUAGUUGGCCCAAGCCAAGAGGGGAGCGUACCAUUUACUGUGAUUCGCGGUGGUCGCAUGAGCGAACUUGUGCCAAAAACUGCUCAAUGUCCAUAUCCAUGGACAUUUGUACGGCCAAAAGGAUCUGUUACCACACUUCAUUUUGCGACACCCUGUGUAUGGGAAGUUGAGUGGAAUAUCGAUUUUAAAGCAGAGAUUACGACAUAGAAGUUUCCUAUUUUCUCCAGUAUAUCGUAUUUCGCUCCUUAUUACCAGAUGUCCGGUCUGUCACUAUGGAUAAAACGGUUCCCCGUCGUUCGUGGCAUGAUCACCUAUAGUUGUCUAUGGCCUACAGGGUGUUUUAUUCAGCAAAAAUUGUCGGGAAAGAAGUUGAAUGAAAUCGAUUGGAACAAAUGUUGGCGCUUUUUCUUCUACGGAGGAUUCAUUGUCGCACCCACUUUGUAUGGCUGGAUUCGAUUAGCGUCUAUUAUGUGGCCUCGGCAGGAUUUGAAAUCGGCUAUAGCUAAGGCAUUAACUGAGCAGAUCAGUUAUACCCCGAUGGCCAUGACGGCGUUUUACUUUAGUAUGAGCCUGCUGGAAUCAAAAACCUUCGAAGAGGCGUGUAAUGAGGUGAAGGUAAAAUUGUGGCCUACCUAUAAAGUUGCCCUGUGCAUUUGGCCAUUAAUUCAAACAUUCAAUUUCUCCAUUGUGCCGGAGAAAAAUCGAGUUCCUUUCGUCAGUAUGUGCAGCUUAUUGUGGACCAUCUUUUUGGCUUAUAUGAAACAAAAAGAACAAAAAGAACUGCUAGGGAUAGUAGAUAAAUAACAGGGUGCUGUAUGCGCAAGUAAAGAUAAGAUGCGCCGUUUCGUCUAUUAAUGUACAAAUUGAAGGAAAUAAACGAAUGAACCGCGAUUUCUUCUGGAUUUGCGUUUCAAACACAAUUACAGG